AUGCACGGCUGGUGGACGCUUGCCGCUCUCCUCGUGGCUUCGGCCCACGCGGCCAUCGUCUGGUCCUCUAGCGCCAACAUCACAACGAUCGUUUAUCCCACGUACACGUACCCGGACAACUUGGAUCUAUCCAAGUCCUUUCCGUUGUCGCUGGCGCGUGGCCAGGAUCUGCUACUGCCAAUGGGCCCAUUGCACCACGCGCUUUUCCCAGAGGCCGAGACCAAGCCGACAGCGCUUGGCUUCUCCAUUGCAACGUGCUCGGGCACGGUGCAAGUGUCGCUGCUGCUGGCCGACAACUCGACACAAUCGCUCUCGAUGCAGGCCUCGCAGUGCUUUACGUUCCUCCAAGAGCCAACGCCGUCGUCGCCGAGCCUCUGCCCGCUCUACUUGGGCGCGGACGAGCUCUAUUACAAUAUCAAUCCGCAUUCGAUCCAAGGCGUGUUGCUCAUGGCCGACGACGACGUCGACGCCAUUGCCCACGUCCAUAUUACGUCAUCGCACGUCUUUCCAGGCUACACGUCGUUGCUCGUCGACGACGGCGCGCUCGCCUUUGCACUCCGCAUGCAGGACGACAACGUCACGGGUGUUGCCGAGUUUUCGCCGGCCGCGCUCGUCGACCUUGCCGCCGCCACGCACGCGACUUGCGUCAACUGCUCGUACUCGCUGCUUGCUGUGCCGAUAGCUGCCAAUGCGUCCGUGUCGACCCAAGCAUUUGGCUGUCUCGCUUCCACCGCGAUCGCAUUGCAGCUCGCGCCAAAUGGGCCAAGCGACAACAGUCCCAACGUCACCAAGGACGUAUCGGCGCUCGGCCGCCUCGUGCCGAGCUCGGGAUGGUACACUGUGUACCUUGCGGCGCAGCAUGUCGGUCCGUCCCAGACCAUGGUAUACCCGCCUGUCAAGCUCUACGUUGCACACCCCCCGCUCCAUCUUGCAGUCUACCUCGGGCUUGGGCUUGGUGUUGCGGGCGUUCUGGCUGCGAUCAUGCUCGCGCGACGUCGGUACCGCCGUCGCCGUCGCCGUGGCCGGGAUGGCACCCACCGCUUGAGCGACGACGAGGUCGACGGGGACCGAGGCGAGUUUGUCGGGCUCCUCUCCAACACCUCGGUCGCCGCUUCCAAACACACGAUGCAUGCUGCGGACGUUGGCGACGAAGGGUUCGACGACGACGACGACGUACUCGCCCGCUACGACGAGAUUGAAGGCCAUGUCUAGGGCGUUUGUUGUCGAUGCCUUUAGCAUGUACUACGUCGUAGCCCUUUCUAUCCUGGUUGUAC